AUGUCCUACAAACCCGACGGCCCUCCUCCUUCCUACCCAGCCCCCGUCCACGACCCCUACAGCCACCCAACCCCUCCCCCGGGCGCCGGACAAGACUACUACGGCGCGUCUCCUCCACCACAACAGUACGGCCAGGGUCAAGCGCCAUACGGAUAUCCGACGCCUCCGCCGCAGGGAUACCCGCCCCAGCAGCAGCAGCCGAUGUACUACCCACCCAACGGUGGGUACCCGCCGCAGCAACAGCCCGGGUACUACCCUGAGGAGCAGCGAGGCGGUGGAGGCGGCGGCGGUCUCUGCGCGGGAUUGUUGGCGGGUCUGGCAUGCUGUUGCUGCUUGGAUAUCCUGUUUUAG